CUGCUCGACAUGGCGGAGACCCUACGUAUACUGCAGGCCGCUACGGCGCUUUCGCAGGCGCUGUCUGCCGCUGGCGCUCGGCAUGCAUUUCACGGCUCGUUACUUAUUGCGCUACUUUCCAAUAACCCACAAUGCAAUGAGGUUUUCUGUAUUGUCGAAGGAGGUGCUGUGCACCCCUUUGGACGCGUUCGCCAAGCCAUUGAUGGGCACCCGUCUUUGAUGGUGACUAACUCGCCUUGGACAAAUAGGUUAUUUGUAACGUACAACGAGCCAAUCCCGCCGAUCACGGUUGAAAUUCUUCCCGCUGGAGAGGGCGGCCCACGUCGACUGGAUGAAAGCACUACGACUCGUAUCCGUGGUCUCCCUUUUCUAACUGUCUCCGAGUUUCUUCGCGCUAAGAUUAAUGUCUGGGCACUCCGAGGACUUGACAUAGAUGUGCAAGACAUCAUCUGGGUGCUGGCGCAUUACUGGCAGAGUGUCGACAUUAACAGGAUUCCAGAACAAGAUAUGGAGCGUUUUGUUAUCCAAUACCCGAGUGCGGCGGUUGCGUGGACUGCGAUCAAGGACAGGUUCAGCGCUUAAGGACAUACGGUUCUGGGCUUGCGUUUAGUCGGGAAGAACGCUACUUCUGCGUCCCCUUCACUCUCCGCUUUCAUCCGAACAUUUCAAUAUUUAUUACUUGAAAUGGACAUGUACAC